UGCUUAUUGAGAAUCGAAAAUCAUCUUAUAUCUCUGUACAGGGAUUUUUUAGUCAAUCUAAAUGUAUAACAUUGUGUGUUUAUCGUUUUAGAUCCAUAGAUUGUUGGGUAUUCCACGAAAGAUGUCAAUAUGAUAAAAUAACUAUAUAUAGUAUUCAACAAAAUGACAGAAUCAGCAAUAUCCAACUCCCAAGAAUAUCAGAGUUUCCGUAGCUCUGUACCACUGAAAACAUACAUUGUUGAUGAUGAUGAGAGCAAGGAAUGGAAGCUCUAUGAUGCCGGUCCCAAACAAGUGAAGUGCCCCCUGAUCUGUUUUCCUCCCGCCAGUGGUACUGCAGAUGUCUUCUUCAAACAGCUUCUGGCUCUGUCAGCUGUAGGAUACAGGGUUAUAUCUGUUGAGUAUCCCACCUACUGGACAAUGGGAGAAUUCUGUGAUGGCUUCAAAAAGCUGUUAGACCAUUUGCAAUUGGAUAAGGUUCAUAUAUUUGGGACAUCAUUAGGGGGAUUCCUUGCUCAGAAGUUUGCCGAGUUCACACAUCGUUCUCCUAGAGUGGUCUCCCUUAUCUUAUGCAAUGCUUUCUAUGAUACCACUAUUUUCAACCAAACUAACUCAGCCCCAACGUUUUGGAUGAUGCCAGCCCUAGUUCUGAAGAAGAUGGUGAUGGGAAACUUUGACAGAGGUUUUGUGGAUACAGAUAUUUGUGAUUCCAUUGAUUUUCUUGUAGAGAGGCUUGACGGAUACAUUAAUGAUCAAGUGUUUGAUGACUGUGCGUUGUCUCAUGCCGUGAGAGAGGAGAUGUACAAAUGUUACCCUGAUGCCAAACGAGCUCACCUGAAAUCAGGUGGAAACUUUCCAUAUCUAAGUAGAAGUGCAGAAGUUAACAUAUUUAUUCAGAUUCAUCUACAGAAGUAUGACGGAACAAGUGAAAGUGCAAAGUUUAACACAAACACAGAAAACACUGAUACAGAGACUUGGUAUGAGAGAAUUUUGGCCUUAGAUGAAGAUGAAGUUUGGAAAAUAGCAGUAUGCAAAGCUAUGAGCAGAUGUUGUCAGUCAGGAAGGUCAAGAAAAAUAGGUCCAGGACCAGAGAAUGAUGAUAUUGUGGAACUCAGACCAAAGAGGUAUCUAAGAAUCCAGCAUCUGAAUGCUAGACCAAGAGACAAUGCACUGGAACAAGAACAGCAGAGAAAUCAUAAUGUAUCGUACACAAAUUAUGGGAAAGUCAAAUCUAAUAUCAACCAGAAAAAAACCUCUAGUGACAUUACAAAAUCAGAUUCGCAGAAGGAUCAGUUUGAUGCAAUUCAUCCAAACAUGGCAAAAAGUCAGGAAGAAAAGGUGAUUGCAAGUAGACCUACAUCUUUUAAUGCACACCCUUUUUCAUCUAAUUCUGGUCCAUCAAGAACUUCAAUUUCUAGGGAUUCUGUUGGUGGUCAAACUAUUAUGUCCUCUUCAAAUGUAGAGGUUUCUUUGAACCCAAAAGGUGAUGAGGAUGCAUUUAUGUCUGAAAUAGAGGAAAAGGAUGAACUUUCUUUAGCAACCAGCCGGUCUAUGAAGAGUGCUGCAUCUGAAAUUGUGAAAAGGAAUGGUGCAGGGAGUACAAAGGGUAAUGGAAUCAAGCAAGACCCUGGAGUAGUGCUUUUCUUCAUUCAUGGAGUGGGAGGCUGCUCAGACAUAUGGAAACCUCAGAUGGACUUCUUCGCUAAAUUAGGAUAUGAAAUUGUUUGUCCAGAUAUGGUUGGACACGGACUAAGCUGUGCUCCAGAUAACAAGAAGAGCUACCAUUUCAGGGAAAUUUUACGAGACAUGGAGGCCAUGUUUGAUAUAUAUUGUAAAAGAAGUAAUAUCAUCAUAGGCCAUUCAUAUGGUUGUGCUUUUGCAACUGUUUUAGCUAGACAGAGAGCAAAACGAGUCACCAAGCUGAUUUUGGUCAGUGGAGGAGGACCUGUUCCCCUUGCCCCUCAGCCUGGGGUUUUCUCCUUGCCAAGUUGCAUUCUGGCAUGCAUCAAGCCAUGCAUAUCAUGUCUGUUUACAAGAGGUGCUUUCUAUGACAAUUCAAAAUUGUUAGUUGAAAAAACGAAAGCGUUCGACAUUCCUGCUUAUGUGUUGGAUUAUAUUAUGAAUGGACAAUGGUGGUUAGAUGGAGAUGACUUAUAUCACAGCUGUAUUAGUAUGCCUACAUUACUUAUCUGGGGCAGGCAUGACAAGUUUGUGUCACUAGAAGAAGAAGAGGCUAUGAAUAAGGUUAUUGUCAACUGUAAGCUGGAGAUUGUAGAAGAGACUGGUCACAUGGUGAUGAUGGAGGCCCCUGAACAUUUCAAUGUCAUUGUCCAUCAGUUUAUAACUGAUGAAGUUAUUAAAGUGAUAAAAGACAAUCAACAGACCAGGGAACCUAGCUAUGUUACUGGUAUUUCUAACAAUCAGCCAGAAACAGGCAGGUCCACAAGAACAACUACUCCCUGGUUUUCACCUCGACGGAAACGACUUGAUAGUGCCACAAGUAACAAGUCCAUAAGUUCUGUGAAAUCCAGUAAGUCCAGGAAAUCAAUGCCACAUGGAGUGCUGACACACAGCUUACUAUGAUUCUAAGAGUUAAGAAUUUUUUAUAAGUACCCAUAGAAUUAUAUCUUCAAAAAGAUUGUGAUAAAAUUGUGCACAAAGUCUGUCCCGCGGUACCAAGAACAUCGCUUUUUUGUAUUAUGUCAGAAAUAGAGGAAAAUGAGGAUUCAAAUAAAUCACACUUCCAAACUGUCUGCUUCGAAUGCUAGUAUAUUGCCACUGCAACAAAAUCCAAGUCUCUACAGGGAUUUUACAUGACCACAAGUUCAGAAAGAGAUAUCCUUUAUUUUUGUGAAUUUAUUUUUUUUUGCUUGCUUACCUAAGUGUCAAUAACAAAAUGAUGUAGUACAUUUUCAGAGUCAAUUUAUACAUCUUGAAUAUUUAUACGUCACAGAUACAUGUAGUAGUGCGAAAUAAAGACAAUUCUCUCUCACAUGUCUGAUAAAACUAAUCACUAAAUUUCAAUAGAAUUCUAAAACAUUUAUACCUGUUGGUUUCAAGAUAUAUGCAAAAAAAAAAAAUGUCUAAAAC